AUGUUCCUCGGGUUUAUCACGCGGCGAACCUCUUCUUCCAUCGUUCCCGAUACGAAGUUUGUCUGGCGCAGUGUAUCCCGUACGUACGGAGUUCAGAGUUCGGAUACGCUUGCAGAGACCAACAAAUACGGUCAAUUUGCCCAAGAAACGCCGCCAAGCACGAGAGCCAUCGCGCAUGCGCUUGGAUUGCUCGCCCUUGAAGACGUCCAUUCAGGCUCUUGCGGCUCCUCUAGACACGACGCCACGCCCAAACACCAUGUUGUUCGCACCAGCACGGAUACUACCUAG